CCGUUUAGUCGGAAAAGCAAUUUCAGCUAAACAUUAGAAUGAAUUUCAAUGUUUUCUCAAAUAAAACGUGCUAAAAUUAGUUCAACUGCUAAUAUGAAGACUUUAGAAAGUUCCUCUGAUAAGCAGUGUGGUUUUGUAACUGAUGCACAAGCUAGUGUUUGUGUUACAUUGCAUCCACUUGUUAUUAUGAAUAUCUCUGAUCAUUUUACAAGAAUUAAAGCCCAGGAAGGAGGAAAUCCGCAAAUUUAUGGUGCUCUUCUUGGAAAGCAAAAUGGUAGAAAUUUGGAGCUGUUUAACUCUUUUGAACUGCAACAUUCAAUUAACGAAACUGGAAAAGUAGUUAUUGAAUUAGCUUACUUUCAUAGUAAAGAAGAACAAUUUCGUCAGGUUUUCAAAGAUUUGGAUUUUCUUGGUUGGUACACUGUUGGUUGGUCAGAAGCUACAGAAUGUGACAUAUCAGUUCAUAAGCAGCUUACUGUAAUUAAUGAAAGUUCCUUAUUGUUGAAGUUGGAUCCUUUUUCAAAAUCAGCUAAUCUGCCUAUAACAAUAUAUGAAUCUAUGUUGGAUAUUGUAAAUGAACAGCCUCGAAUGUCAUUUAUUGAAAUAAGUUACACUUUGGCAUCUGAAGAAGCAGAAAGAAUUGGUGUUGAUCAUGUUGCUAGGCUAUCAUCAACUGGUCACUCAGAUGUAUCUCAAGUUUCAGAACAUAUGCAAGUUGAUAAAAGUGCAGUGCAGAUGUUAUACUCAAGAAUUGAAACUAUACUCCAAUACGUAAAAGCUGUACAAAAUGGUGAAAUACCUUUGAAUCAAGAAAUAAUGCGCGAGUGUUUAAGUUUAUGUCAACGACUUCCUGUUUUAAAUACAAAUUCGUUUAAAGAAGAUUUACUGAAACAAUACAACGAUGUUUCAUUGAUGUCAUAUCUUGCUGUUAUUACUAAAGGAUGUAACAUUUCUAACGAGAUGAUUGCAAAGUUGAAUGCAUUACCUGACCGUCAUGGAGGUGGGAGAAGAGUACGAGGUUUAUUGUUUUAAAUAGUUCCUUAAAAAUUAAGUGGAUUCGACAUUUAAGACACAUCCGGAUAAAAAAGACUUUGUAAAUUUAAAAGCAAACCUUAAUGCUUAUGCAGUUGUGUUUUAAACUAAAAUUCUUUUUUAA